AUGGCAAUAUGCAGCUAUGUCGGAUUUCCAGAUCUUUUCAUUACAUUCACAUGUAACCCCAACUGGCCUGAAAUUCAACGUUUGCUUGGUUAUGUUCAUCUAAAAGCAUCAGAUCGUCCUGACAUCAUUUCAAGAGUCUUUAAAAUGAAAUUUGAUGAGCUUUUGUCUUAUCUCACAAAGAAAAGUCUAUUGGGGAAAGUUCUUGCAUAUAUGUAUACAAUUGAGUUUCAAAAGAGAGGAUUACCACAUGCUCACAUCUUAAUUUUCCUCCAUCCAUCUAACAAAUAUCCAACUCCAAGUGAUAUUGAUCGCAUUAUUUCAGCUGAAAUACCUGACCAAGAUACCAAUGAAGAGUUGUAUAAUUUGGUUAAAACUCACAUGAUUCAUAGCCUGUGUGGAUUUGCAAAUCGAUCUUCACCGUGCAUGAAAGAUGGAAAAUGUUCUAAAUAUUUUCCAAAACAGUUUCAGCCCGAAAUAAUUGUUGAUCAAGAUGGGUUUCCGGUAUAUAGAAGAAGGGACAAUGGACAUACAGUUCUUAAGAAUGGAAUUCAAGUCGAUAACCGGAAUGUUGUUCCAUACAAUGCAAAGUUGUUGACAAAGUACCAAGCUCACAUAAACAUGGAAUGGUGCAAUCAAAGUACAUCGAUUAAGUACUUAUUCAAGUACAUCAACAAAGGUUACGAAAGAAUCACCGCUGCCAUUGUACCGAAUGAUGAUGGAACUUCCAACCAGCCGCAGAAUAUUGAUGAGAUCAAACAGUAUAUUGAUUGUAGGUACGUUUCUCUGAGUGAAGCAUCUUGGAGGAUAUUCUCCUUUCCAAUCCAUGGUAGAAAACCAGCUGUUGAGAGACUGUACUUUCAUUGUGAAGGUCAAAAUUCGGUAUAUUACACUGAUUUUGAUCGUAUCAAUACAGUUCUGGAAAAACCAAGUGUAACUGAAUCGAUGUUUACAUCAUGGUUCGAAGCAAAUUGCAAGUAUCCUGAAGCACAAAAUUUAACUUACAACAAAUUUGUUUCAAAAUUUGUUUAUGUUAAGAAAAAAAGAGAAUGGAAACCCCGUCAAAAAGGUUACACAAUUGGUAGGCUUAUAUGGGUUCCUCCAACAACUGGCGAAUUGUACUAUCUUAGAUUGAUGCUCACACAUGUCAAAGGCCCCCGCAGUUAUAAUGAUAUAAAAACAGUGAAUAACGUAAAAUAUGAUACUUUCCGGGAUGCCUGUUUUGCUAUGGGUUUUAUCGGCGAUGAUAGAGAAUUCAUUGCAGCUAUUAAAGAGGCAAAUCAUUGGGGUUCAGGCAGCAUUAACAGGCCAAGACAUGUAUGGAGUAAAACAUGUCAUCUCUUAGCUGAUGGAAUACUAUAUGCUCAACAGCGAAUUGCAAACAAUAGAGGUUUGAGGUUGUCGAAUGAAGAGAUAAUGAAUUUAACAUUAAUUGAGAUUGAACGAAAUCUUCAAAGGAAGAGCCGAAGUCUAAAGGAAUUUGCUGGAAUGCCUUAUCCAAGUGGAUAUGUGGUUGAGCAGUUGGGAAAUAAGCUCAUAUACGAAGAGCGGAGUUACAAUCCAGCCGAACAAUUGCAAGAAUACAAUAAUUUGUUCUUAAAUCUUACAGAUGAGCAAAGAGGUGUUUUCAAGCGAAUAAUGGAAGCAGUAAACAAUCAACAAGGAGACGUAUUUUUUUUGUAUGGAUACGGUGGCACAGGGAAACCCUACAUGUGGAGAACUCUAGCUUCCUACAUAAGAUCAAAGAAACAAAUUUGUUUAACUAUUGCUUCAUCGGGCAUAGCUUCACUACUACUUCCAGGAGGUCGAACGGCUCAUUCAAUGUUCAAGAUUCCAAUACCUAUAAUGGAGUCUUCUACAUGUAAUAUCGACAAAGGUAGUGAUCGUGCAGAGCUACUAAAAAUGGCAAAGUUGAUAAUUUGGGAUGAAGCUCCAAUGGCACACAGAUUUUGUUUUGAAGCGUUUGAUAAAACCCUUAAAGACAUAAUGGGGCGUUCCAAUUAUUCUGACAAAUUAUUCGGAGGGAAAGUAAUUGUAUUUGGUGGAGAUUUUCGGCAAAUAUUACCAGUUGUAUCAAGGGGCAGACUUGGCGAUGGGAAAUUGGAAGAACCUAACGAUGGUUACACGGAUAUUCCUAUUCCAAAUGAUUUCUUAAUUUCUAACUAUGAUGAUCCACUAGAAGCCAUUGUUAGUGAAACAUAUCCGAAUUUUCUUAACAAUUACAAGAAUCCAGAAUUUUUGCAAUCAAGAGCUAUAUUGGCAGGAACAAUUGAAACGGUUGACAUCAUAAAUCAAUACGUUUUGGGAUUCAUACCAGGUGAAGAAAAGGAAUAUUUAAGUUCAGAUUCUGUAGACACUUUUGACGGUGAAGGAAAUGAAGCUUUUGAUGUUUUGACCCCGGAAUUUUUGAAUACACUUACAACUUCCGGUCUACCUAACCACAAGAUUAAAUUGAAGAUUGGGACCCCUAUUAUGUUGCUUCGAAACAUUGAUCAACCUGAAGGUCUCUGCAAUGGAACAAGGCUUAUAGUUACAAGAUUGGCAAACCACGUUAUCGAGGCAAAGAUUAUAUCUGGAAAGAAUAUUGGAGGGGUUAUCUAUAUUCCAAGAAUGGAUAUGACUCCAACACAAUCUCCGUGGCCAUUCAAAAUGACUAGAAGGAAAUUUCCCAUAACUAUAUGUUAUGCUAUGACAAUUAACAAAUCUCAAGUGAAAAUGAGUAGAAAGGUUGAUUCUGUGAAAGACAUCAAUGACUCAAAAGAAACUUGGCGUCUUGUUGUUUGA